GAACGCUAGCUAGCGCUUCGCAGUGCCCCUCCUCCUGCUGCGGGAGGAGAGGCCCCCAGAAGGGUGAUCUGCCUACUUUUGCAUUAUUUGUCGUCUUUUCUUUGCACAAUUCUCACAAGGCCUUUCCGUACACACCAAGUCGAUCACUGUGGAGAAGAAAGUGUUGGGUGGCUGACUGCCUACCACCAUUAAUAAAUGCCUUGGAGUAGGGGGUUGUUUUUCCGAUCUGCAAAAUAGGAGGGAACGAAGCGUUUGCAGACCCCACCGUUGAUGGUGCCUAGGGGUAUGGGCGCCUUUCGUAGGGAAAGAACUUUGAGUUGAUUCUGCUUUUACGUUUUUAAGUCCCAGCCCGAGUGUGUCCUCAGAGCAUCCCGGGGAGGGGAUAGUGCCAGUGGCCGCUGCGCCGCCUCUCCGUAGGCGCAGAGACUUCCUCUAUCAGGCAGUUCCGGGAGAACCUGCACCAACAAACACCACACAAGUUUCCCUCCUGCGCACUGGCGAAUCCCAGGAGCGCCGCGGUGCGUGGGCUGCGAGGUGGCGGAGCUGAAACCUAGAAAUGGGAGGGUGCUCCCUCAACUCCGGUUCAGCAGCCUGCGUGGAAGAAGCCUGGAAGGGCUGGAGUGAACAGUCUGAGACCACGGAAGAGAGAGGGAACGUCCUGGCCCAGGCCCUUCCCCACGCGGGGUGCCCGGGGUCGCCGGGCCUAGGGGCUAUGGCAGACAGUGGCAGCUCCACCAGUAGCUCCAGUCCCUGGUGGAAAUCACUGACCAGGAAGAAAAGCAAGGAAGUCACGGUGGGGGUGCAGCCUCAGGUUCGCCCAGAGAUUGGCCAGGAUCCCUCACCGGCUUACUCAGAUCGGACUAGCAGCUCGCAAGAAAACCAGCACUCCAAUGUCCUUGAGGACACGGGAGAGCCCCUCAGAUCAGAUAAGUUGUGUGAGGAGAAAUCAGGCAACAGCCGGCGCAAUUUGAAGAUCUCACGCUCUGGCAGAUUUAAGGAGAGGAGGAAAAUGCGUGCCACACUGCUCCCUGAAGGAGACAGGUCCCCCGAGGAGGCUGACUUUCCAGAUGACCCCCAGGAGAACAAGCAGUAGCCUGAGCAAGCUUCCAGGAUUCUCUCUCUCUGCAGAGAAACACUUUACCCCUAGACCUAGUACUUGGUGCCUCACCCAAGUUCAGAAUAUGCAGUUGACCCAAGGCCUUGGAGAUUGAAUAUUUUCUAGAAAGUGAAGUGUCAGCUGAGUCCUCAAUGUUCCAGGACUCAGAGACGGAGUAAGUAUUUUUUGUGUGUGUGAGAAGGAUAGUUGUUUACUGUUGAGGAAGUCGGCUUUUACAAAAGUUAUUCUGAGGUGUUGCUGUCGUUUCUGUCACCUGUGGGAGUGACGAGGCUGGAUGGGUAGUUCAGAGGCAGUCAGUAGGUGACCCCUCCUCUCCAGCUUCUCAAAGGAGGAAGCCAUGCUCUUACUGAGGACUCUGGAGAGCAAAUGGAAGCACUGUUUUUAAUGUCUGAGAAAUGCACUUUAGGGUACUACCCUAGACUUAUUCCUACAUGAAGGGACGAGAGGACCCUCCCAGGUAGAAGCAUUGAGAAGUAAUAUUGCUUUAAGUGAGGACUCCCGAGCUGUAUACCUGUUUAGUGUGCACUAUUAAAAUUGUUGAACUGUAA